UCUUGGCCGCCCCUUCGCUGCGCUCCUCCUCCUACUCCGCGCCGCUCGGAGCUCCUCCCGUGCGCUGUCUCAUUCUUCCCGCCUUCCAUUCUACCGAUCACAAGGUUGAAGAAGCUUAGUCCAGUUGUGGAAUUGAUAAAAGUUUCAAACUUGGCUGGAAAAAUCCCACCUUUCGGGCCGCGAGCGGACCCCGCCCAAUGGCGCCGCCCAAGGCGUGGUGGCGUCGCGCGGCGGGAGUUGCCAAAGACGCCCAGAGCCUCUGCUUGACGAGGAUCGUCACCGGCCGCCGUCGCCACCGCGGCGGCCCAGAGAUCGAGGCGGCGAUCAUCCGGGCCACUAGCCACGAUGACCGCUCGAUGGACUACAAGAGCGCGGGGCGCGUCUUUGCGUGGGCGCGCGCCGCCCCGUCGUCCUUCCUCGGCCCCGUGAUGUGGUCGCUCUCCCGCCGCGCCAGCCGCACCCGUUCCUGGGUCGUCGCCCUUAAGUCGCUCCUCCUCGCCCACGGCCUCCUUCUCUGCUCCGACGACGCGCCCCCACCCGACCGCCUAGGCCGCCUCCAUUUCGAUCUCUCUGAUUUCAGCGACCGAUCCUCGCCUUCCGGCUUCUCUGCCUUCGUUCGCGCCUAUUUCCGCUUCCUCGACCAGCGCUCCGUUUUCUCCAUUAGAACCCCUAAUAAACACGAUUCCGGACAAGAGGAAGACGAAACAAACUCGGCCGCCGACGCCGAUCUGGAGGAACUAAAGCGCCUCCAGACUCUCCUCAACCUCCUGAUGCAGAUCCGCCCUUACGCCGACGGGAUGGAGGUGAGCCUCAUUCUCGAGGCCAUGGACUGCGUUGUGAUCGAAAUCUUCGAUGUCUACAGCAACAUCUGCGACGGAAUCUCGCGAUUCCUCAUCGGCGUCCGCGGUUCGAGCGUUCGAUCUCUAGAAUCCAGAAAGCGGAGGGGAGAGAUUGGGAUGAGGAUGCUGCGGCGAGCGGCGGAGCAAAGCUUGCAACUUUCCAGCUACUUCGACCUCUGCCGCACCCUCAGGCUCCUCAACACGGCAGACCUUCCCCCGGUGCAGAGCAUUCCCGAUGAGGACAUGUCGGCGCUCGAGCGGCUCCUCCUGGGCGUCUCUCCGGAGGAGGAGAAGGAAGGCGGAGAAGCCGAAGAAGACGCGGAAGCAGAGGAGGGGCGUUCCGGGACUGUGAUCACGCAGAGGUGGGUGGUGUUCGACGAUAGUGAGCGGUGGGCGAAUUCUGGGAAAGUCUCUUCGCCUCCGCCGAUCUCGUGGGCGUUGGCGGUCAAUGCCGGCGCCAGCGCCGCACUGAUGGGCGAUUUAAUUGAGCUGAUAUGACGUAUUUGUCCUUGAACAUGCCAUAAUUUACGCGGAUGCCAUGCUUUCUUGGGGCUCAUGUAACAAUUUGUUAAAUAAAAUAAAUUUAGUAACGCAAUAAGUUUUUCUCUAUUGGGCCGAUUCAGUAGUCUUCCAAAAAGCCCAUAUUAAACUUUGUCAG